GUGACACCGUGACGUACGGACGUGUCGCAGCUUUGCCCGUAAGCGAGCGCGCGUGUUUACACUCGCAGGCAUUCACCUCCUAAUCCAAUUAUAAAGCACAAUAAUGAUGCGUAAGUGACCUCACCGAUCGAAUUAUAAUGGGAUGAUCCGGUGAUUAGUAAUCAAUAUGCGGUUAGAAGUUUUCUCAGUUUAAAGUUACCGAGUGGAAAAUGUUUCUGGAAGAUGUGAGUUCGGAAAAAUGUUGAGGGCGUCCCGCGCGCGAUGCACGCACCUCGGAUUACUCUGGAUUUUGUACGCGUAUUCCGUCGAUGGAUACAUAGAAAUAGUGGAGGAGCAGCAAUGCCACGACUUCAGGUUCCGGCUCAUGUGUCGGGACUUGGACUCCCACAUAGCCGUUUUAGAAGCCUGGUACACGUCCAUAGAGGAUUACCAGAGAGAAAACAUGACCCAACCUCCACAAAGGCUCACAGUCAAAAAAGCCGAGAACGAUUCGGAACUCAACCGAGUUUACAAGUAUUCUAGUCCGAAACACAAUGGAGUUUACGAACUUACGAAUAUCACGUAUGAGAACGCUAGUGUUGUGAAUAACUCACUGGAGUGGAGUGAUCUGGUGAAUGACACUUUGGAUAUGAGUGUGGAGUUUGUGAAUACUACUGAGAGUGGUGUUUGUGGUGUGACGACCUUCGCGAGGAGCUACGGAAGUUGGCGGGAAGGUGACAAAAGAAGAAGGGCUUUGAAAAGGAACUUCUCUGUAAAUUUGAGAUCUCCAGUCAGCUAUCGAUGCACCGGCGUGAACCACUGCAACUUCGUACUGGCUGAGGACUACCCCGCCGCAGCUGACUGGACUCUCGGGGUGGUCUACAUCAAGUACGCCUGCUUCGACGACACCUUGUCGGUCCACUAUUGCAAUAGAGAGGUACAAGUGGCCGUGUCAGGGGAGGACAGCGAGGGAUAUAUCCGAACGCCGGGGUAUCCGAACUUCUACGUCGGCGACGUGUGCCGGUGGCGGCUGCGUGCGGAUCCAGAGCAGCGGUUACGGGUCACACUCCUAGAUGUUAGUUUGAGAAGUGUUGGGCCUUUCGAGGAGUCGUGCAUGGAUUACGUGUCGGUGCAAGACUCGAACGGUGAUUCCUUGCUCUCAUCUUGCGAGCAAGUUGAACUGCCGCUUCAAUUGACAUCCACCACUAAUACUGUGGAGGUGUUAGUUGAAGCAAAAUCGAAGGGUGCUUACCCCAAGCGAGGGGUAUUGCUACAUUACAAAAGUGUUGGUUGCGUCACGUUGCCAGCGCCAUCUGACGGCUACCUCGUGUACCGCAACGAAGAGGUGGCGCACUACAUGUGCAACGUAAACUACGUUUUCGCCGACACUCGACAGAGGGCGCGAUUGCUAUGGUGCUACGAUGACAAUAGAUGGAAUGACACAGUGCCUUUGUGUAUCGCUGAGGCGGUGAAGGCCGUCUGGAACGAUUCAGCGCCGGUGACCAGGGUCGAGGACGCAAAACUGCCGCCCCACGAGCAACCAGACAUGAUAGUCGAUAUUGUGAUUCCGUCGCUACUGAUAGCGGCCCUAUUCAUCGGGAAUGCGUUCAUCGUGCUCAUCAUAUACAAAUACAGGAAACGGAAAAACGAUGACAUUGAUGAUGAAUUCAACACCAUACCUCUGAGUGUGAACGGCAACGUGCACAGUGCAGGCAACGCGGUGUAAGAAGAAUAGAAGAAUACCAAAGGGAGAUCACAUUCACCAUACAUAUUGAACAGUCUAUAACACCAACAAGAUAUCUUUAACUGUUAAAUAUAUUCAAUCGAUUAUCAACUUUAUCUUGUAAGAAAUAAAUAUGAAAUUUGGUAAACAUUGAAAUUAGAUCAAGGUUAAUGUUACCGUUAUAAGUUUUUUUAGUAUUUUCAUACUACGAGAGAACUUUCUUCAUUAAUUGCAGAAUUAUUCACAUUCUAUGACAAUUGAAAUGACUUUGCAGUGGUAUUAUGUAAGAAAAAACAUAUGAUUUCUGCUACAAACACGCUUCAUUUGAUUUAACCAGUUCAUUCAUCACAGAAUCUCGAAAAUUCACAGAAAAACAUUUAAUAACUUUUUCGAUUAAUUUAAUUUGUAUAAUGUCUAUUAUUAGGAACUCAUAACAAAAAAAGCAUGCGUUGAUAAUUAUCAUUAAAGGGCCUAAAAUAGGAUUGAAGACAUUCAAUCAAAUAAUUUAUUUUCCUUAGGUACACAAAUAAUAACAUUGACGUAUUUCGAUUGAAAUGGUGUGAACGUAAUCAUUCGGAAUUCUACUCAAAAGUGAUUGCUAAUAUUCUUUUUGGUGUUCUCUUUAAAGCAACAACUUCAUGUUGUUUACGGUAUUAAUAAGGAGAUUAUUUUAAUAAAUACAAGAAUCUGAUUUAUAACCGAGUUACGAUUUCAAGAAGACUCGAUAUUAAACAUAAUUUUAAUCGAACAGUUAUAAUGUGAAUGUAUAUUCCUAUCCACAAAGAGAUGUUGAACAACUCUGAUGAGUGAUCUCCCAAGUUUAAUUAAAAAAGUCGGAUCAUUGAUGGAUCACAGUUGUCGUAAUAAUAUAAUCAAAUCGACACCACCAAUCCACGAGGAAGUGGCUAUGAGCAUAGUGACAGGCGGUAAGAAGAGCGACGAAAGAUAUUUUGAUAGAAAUUUCCAACUUCAAAACAAUGAUUGUUGCAUUUAUUUUUAAACUUGUAUUGGACAUAUUCAGCGUUGUCGUCUCACAAUCGCCUGUAAGCUAUAUUACUGGCCACAUCAUUAGCCUAUUAAUAAGGUUUUAAGUUACCUAUUUAUUUGUUAGUUACAUUUAGAACAUGACUCAUUAUGAAUCAUAGUCCAGUGAACUCUUCUCUUCCUUUAUAGAACAUUUAGAAAUUAAGUAAGGACUGAUAUUGAUAUAAAUACUCGAUAUAAAAGGUCUUUUCUGAACCGGAAAUGUGUGUGCGACAUUUGCCUGCAGAAAUAGACAUAUUUUAAACAGCCCGAAAAAUAGUUAUUGUAAACAACGAGAAAAUUUAUUAAUCUAAAAGCUUCUAUUUCAAUAAGGAGCUGAAAGUAUUGUUAAAACUUUCUUUUAGCUCUUCAAUUAAAUCAUUAUUUGCUUCUAAAAAAUCUAGAAAUUGUAUUAAUUUAAGUAUGGCUAAUUCAUUUCAUGUCGGCACUUCAAUUGGCUAUUCGUGUUUGCUAUUUGUAAACUUAGCAUUAGUCUGUCCUUCUCAUUCCAUAUAAAGCAUGAUAAGAACAGACUUUUGUCAAGUUUACAAAUAGCAGAUUCGAAUAACCAAAUUAAGUGCCGGCAUAACAAAGUCCGCACACAUUUGUCGUCCAGCGACCGAUAAGUAGAUGUUUUUGUCGCACAUCAACCACUGCCUUUGUUUGUCACUAUCGUCGUCAAUUAAGUAACAUGUUAAUGCUUGAUAGUAACAGCAGUAGGUUAUUCUUUAUUACCACAAUAAAAUAAUGUUACAGUCAAAAUUACGAUGGGUUAAUAUAUAUAAAUAAUAGGCAUGAUGACGGGAUAAAAUAAAACGAAAUUAUAUUUUGUACAUCAGUUAGUAUAUCGAAAAAUAAUGGACACUUAUUUUCGUUUGUCAAUUCACCAAAACCUAAUAAAGAUGAAGCGCGUCAAAGUUUGGGAAAGAAGGCUUGUUACAACACUUUUAAGUAAAUAAAAUUGCCAUGAUGUGACGUCAUGUGACAUUUCAAAUGUCAAUAUAUAUAUGUUGGUUUUUGAUAAUCUAAACUGAUAGAGGAAGAAAAAAAAAGUUCGUCAUCGUUCCUAUUGGUGGUUAUAGAGGUUAGGUAAGAUUAGGUUAGAAUUUAAGACUCGCGGUGAAUUUAAUAGAGCGAAAGAAAAGUAAGUGAUGGGUUGGGUCGACCAAAACUGCACAGAUUUAUUUUCACUGGUUUAGAGUUUUGACUGUAACGUUACACUAAUUCAUAGGGCCAGCUUCAUACUCAAGUUGUUAGUGAAGCGCACAUGAGCUGUCUGCUGCUUUUUUUGCUUGUAAAUGAUCAUUAAUACUGUUUUAUACCAAAGAUUACUCAACAUGCAUUAAAUUGGUACUGAAUUACUUCAGUACCUAUCUAAUUAUGUAUGUAUCUAGAUCGUACUCUCUUUAUGAAAUGGUCAAUGUAUUGUGGUAAUAAGUUACAUAAUAGAUAUCAAUGUGGUUAAUUUCUUAUUGCAUCUCGAAAUUGUUGAUGUUUUUAUAUAUUCGGCGGGUUCUGUAUAAAUUCUGUAAUAAAUAAAGCACUUUAUCUUUA